GAAGAAAAAUAAAAAAGAAGAACUUGCAAAGUCAGUGGGAAUAUUCCAGCUGUUCCACUAUGCUGAUUCUUUGGAUAUCAUAUUGAUGAUAAUAGGUUUAGUCUGCUCUGCAGCACAUGGCGUUGCACUACCGCUUAUGAUCAUUGUGUUUGGACAAAUGACUGAUAGCUUUGUCAGCAGUGGCAUACAAGUAAAUAUCACAGUAAACUCCACACUGAAUGCAAGUAGCUCAGACUGCCCUCAAGUGACUGGGGUGGAUAUUCAAGCAGCUAUGACAAGAUUUGCAUAUUACUUCAUCGCCAUUGGAUUUUCUGUGUUAGUUCUUGCUACAAUUCAGGUAGCAACGUUUCUGCUCAGCUCCUCAAGACAGACACAAAGGAUCCGUGAAAAAUUCUUUUAUGCAGUUCUUCAUCAACACAUGGGCUGGUUUGAUGCACAUGAGUUAGGAACAUUAAACACAAGACUGACUGAGUAAGUGACAUUUUUAUACUGUAUUAUUGAGAGCUUUAUGCAGUCUCUCUAAGGGACAAAAUAAGCCUUCUGAAGAAACCAUUUUACAAACAUUACACUUUUUAAUGGUUUGGACCACCCCAGUGCAGAAAUGUUUGUUGAUAUGUGAGGAAAAUUGUAGUUCUUGGCGAAAAAACAUGAGGACAUGGGGAUAAUGUGCAUGGAAUUGAAACCCCAGAUUUUGGAGCUGUGACAAAAAUAAGCCUUGUGGAGAAAUGAGUCUACAAACAUCAUCUAUUUUGCAUUGGUCUUUGGACCUAAAAUAUAUAU